AUGCGCGGUAGUCAAUUGAUCUACGAUGGGUUGUGGCGUUGCCUGUGCCCAGCCGUGGAUGGGCGAGCUUUGCGGCGCGCCGUGAGCUUGAGGGCUCCAGGAGUUAUGACGACUGCGAGAGCACCACCAGCUAUUGCGUGUACGAGAUUGGUGCAGACGAGAUAUGGCACAACUGCGAGUGGGGAUAUACAAAACCAGAUGGUGAUGCGAGAUGCUGCUGCUCAACAGACCAGGAAUGAGGUUCCGAGAGAAGAACGGCUGUUGACGCCAGCACCACCAAGCGAAGAAACACUGCGGCAGGCAUCGGUAGAAGAAAUUGUGGCCGCCCUUGUGACAAUUCGAGAUGCUCAAGGAUGGAGCUUCCACGGCCAAGAAAUCGAUCGUCACGACCGAAUAAUACGACUCGUCCGCCACCUCCUGUCCGCGCGGGACCAGACACCAAGCCCCUUUAUAUACGAGUGCAUGAUGGACGCCAUGGUCGACCCCCAGGGAUCCGUCAAGGGAAUCCGCAAGCUCCUCGAUGACAUGGCCUCGCAGAACAUGAAGCCCACGGCAGCCAUGUGCCACAGUGCACUUGCGGCACUGGCAAACCACCCAGACUAUGCGUUGCGGCAGGAAACACUAGACACGAUGCAGGAAUUCUGGUUCACGAUCGACACCCCCGCGAGGCAGAGCGUUGUUCUGGGUCUGUUACGCGACGAGCAGUACGAAUUGGCCUACUCACGGCUCACCGAAAUGAUUGAGCAAGGGGAACGCAUUGCCGUCUGGGUGUUGGAUAUAUUUGUCAUGGUGUUUGGGAAACUGGGGUUCGUGGAUGAAAUGAUGUCCUUAUUGCACCGGCGAAAGAGCAUAGAAGGCGAGGAUAGGGCCAUCUCGAGCAUUCUCUACUACGCGCUAGAUGUGUGCAGUUCCGCGUUUCACUACCCAGGCACACUCUUUGCAUGGAAUAGUGUGGUCAGGAGCUCCCUCUUACAGCCGGCGGAUGGGAUUGUGGAAAAUGUCCUGGCAACGGCGGCACGACAUGGCGAUGCAUCUUUGGCCACGGAGGCAUUGGAAAUGAUGUCACGGCGAACGAGGGUUCUCGCGUAUCACUACGAAGCAGUAGCAGAGGCGUUUGCCGCAUCUGGCGAUAUGACGGGUGCAUUCCGAAUCCUGUGCAUCAUGAAGAAGAACGGCAUACGGAUCGCCCGGGGGAGCACAAGAGCAGUGUCCGAAGCGCUUCGACGACAUCCGAAGCUCAUGAGUGAUGCAGAGACGGCUCUCCGCGCCGUGGCACACGAUGAGCGACUCCCCGUCGCCGUGGUCAGCGUUGUAGUCGAAGCCAUUGCCGAGACGCAGGGCUCCGAGGCGGCCAUGGACCUCUACCGCGAUGUGCCUGCUCUCUGCGGCGAGCACGCCAACUCGACCAUGAUGCAAACGCUCAUCAUCAACAGCCCCGACGAGGAAACCACCCGUGUCCUCGCCAAGGACUACACUACCCACAUCGCGGAGGAUGAUGACCCCGUCCGGGACUCGCACGUGUACGGUGCUCUUGUGACAAAGUGUGCAGAGGCCGGUGAGCUGGGCCUGGCCUUCCGCUUCGCUGACCAGGCCAUGGUGGCCAUGGGCGGCCCCAAGACAAGACGGCUGGACUGGGUAAAGGUGUUGGUGGCAAAAGCGGCCGAGGUGGAGGAUGGGAGAAUAUGGGGUGUUGUGGAUGAGUUGAGGAAGGACGAAGAAACGGGGGCUCUGGUAGAGAGACUGCUUAGACAUAUGAGAAUGACGAAGAGGGCGUCUGGGUUGAAGAUGUAA